AGACUAAUUCUGACUUGGGAUCGAAUACUUAGAAUACCGGUUUGUAGACAUAGACUUGUUUACGUUUAAAUAAAAAUACGUGAAAUAAUAUUUGAAGAGUCAAGAGAAAAAUGAUACCAUCAAGAGGACAAAAAAUUCAUGAUUUAAUUAAAAAAGACAAAUCUGCAGAUGCCCACAAAAGUCCUGCAAAAAGGGUACCUCUACAAAUGCUAAAUGUUAAAAAAUUGGAAAAACCGACUAUAAAAGAUGGGUCUUAUUUGAUGGAUUAUUCCUCCAAUCAGCAGCCUCCUACCUAUUUACUAGCAAAUGAAACAUCUUCAAUACGAGAUGAUUCCAUUUGGACUUCAAUAUUACUUGACAAUACACAGUUUUGUCAAUCAUUUGCCUCCCAAUGUGAAAAAAGCCCGACGUGUGAUAAUAGGUGUAUAUUGGCUUCCAUUCCUGCCUUAAAUAAAAAUGUUGGUGGUAUGACGCACACGUUGUCGGUUCAGGUGUUAAACAUCCAAAAAGAAAAUACCCUACCCAGCGCAUCAUAUACCUUAAGUGUUGCCGAAUCUCAACCGAGACGGCAGCAAAGCAAAAUGGACGUCCUAUUCCCAGUACAUUAA